AGCGCCGCGCCCGUCCCGAGCGGGCCGAGCGGUCAUUGGAUGGCAGCGCUGCCAGUCCCGAGGGGCGAGUAGCGGUGGCGGAGUGUCGGGGGAAGAUGUCGGGCUGCGAGGCUCGCGACGCCAAGAAGCUGGUGCGCUCCCUUAGCGGGCUGCGCAUGGUGCCCGAGCACCGCUCCGCCCGCAGCCCCUUCGGCCUGGACGAGCCCCCCUGGGUGCCCGACAAGGAGUGCCCAAGAUGUAUGCAGUGUGAUACAAAAUUUGACUUCAUAACUAGAAAGCAUCACUGCCGGAGAUGUGGAAAGUGCUUCUGUGACAAGUGCUGCAGUAAAAAAGUGCCUCUGCCUCGCAUGUGCUUUGUGGACCCUGUGCGCCAGUGUGCUGAAUGUGCCCUCAUCUCACAGAAAGAAACAGAGUUUUAUGACAAACAGCUUAAAGUGCUCAUGAAUGGUGCUACAUUCUUUGUAACUCUGGGAACAUCGGAUAAAUCUGAGCUCAUGGUCUGUCGGCUUUCCAACAAUCAGAGAUACCUGGUUUUGGACGGAAACAGCCAUUAUGAAAUUGAAAUUGUACAAAUUUCAACUGUUCAGAUACUUACAGAGGGAUUUACUCCUGGAGGAGGCAAUACUCGUGCCAUCGGUAUGAUUCUGCAGUAUAAAGUACCAGGAUCAGAGGAGCUAACACAGAUGAAAUUUACAGCCAGUGAAGACUUCAGCUCUAACAAGAAGCUGUCAGCAAGCUGGCUGGCAGCUAUGCAUAAGGCAACAAAACUUCUUUAUGAGUCUCGGGACCAGUAGGAAAUGAGCGAACUGCUGGCAACUGGAGAGAAGACACCAGCCUUGGAGGACCUGCAUCUCACUUUGUGCUAAUUUGACAACUGGUUAACACUUGCUCUUGACCUGUUCUCAUUCCAGUGUGGUUCAUUAUGUAAGAACUGGCAUACACAAUGUAUUUCUGUUUUGAACCAUGAGUAUUCACUAUAGUGUGCAAUAUGUAUACAAUUAAUGCUUUAAACAGUCUCACCUUUUAAGACUUUGUAUAUUUUGUUAAACCUUUAUUGCCUUUAUUGGCACUUAAUAUGAAAUAUGAAAGUGACCUGCACUACAGCUAAUGUACAGCACAACUUUUAUAGUAACAAUUAUAUAUACUGUUUGCCACAAAAAGCAAACAAAGGUGUAUGUCUCUUCUGCAGAGAAUAGCUUUUGGGUAUAGAGAUCUCAGGUUUUUCCCUCUAUCCAAAUGUUUAAGAUCCAUGUACAAUAAAAUCUGCCUUAGAUAUGGUUUUAUAGAAUUCACUCGAUUUUUUUUCUUAACCUAUUUCACCAAGUAUCGCCAAAUUGGAAUUACACGAUCUUGAAACUUCCCUUCUGUAAUAACUAAGCUUUCAUUUUUAGUUUUGUAUUUUCUUUUUGGUAACUAGCUUUUGUUAAUCUAACUGUAAUGCUAUCUGGAAUUGUAUACAUUCUAAUGUACAAAUACGAAUAAAUUAAUUCACUUAUUUAAA